AUGGAUGUUAAAAGAAUCAUGGUUUACGACGGAAGUGGUGCUUGUAAUAUCCAUACGAGGGUCCUCGUACAAAUGGGACUCGAGGAUAGGAUAAUAUCGCGUUGCAUAACACUAACUGGUUUUAGCAAUGCAAUAGAACGGACAUCCGGAGAAGUAUCACUGCCCGUUUUAGCAGGAGGAGUCACACUGGAAACAACUUUCCACGUGAUGAACCAGGAAAUGGCGUACAACGCCAUCAUAGGACGCCCAUGGAUACAUGCCAUGCGAGCAGUCCCUUCAAGCUUUAACCAAGUGAUCAAAUUUCCUACCCCAUGGGGAGUAUUCAGUAUCAGAGGCGAGCCGCGCACCGCACAGGAAUGCUACAAAAUAGCUCAAGAUUGCACCCACACCAAACAACUUAAGGGGGGGAGUGCAGAGGCAUAG